AUUUCCAAUUGGGAAGAGGGAGUGAGAGGUAAAGCGAGGAGACCCGUCUGGGGGGGGAGGCAGAGAGUGAGAGGUACAGUCAGAGCAGUCUUCAGAGAGACAACUUCACCGGGAUUGUUGUCACUGCGCGCUGUGGUGGAGGAUAGAUCGCUUUCGAGCGUCUCCGAGGCAGCAACAGCAGCAGCAUGCUGGAGAAGACUUAAAAGUGGACCAUGGAUGAAGCUUAACUGAAACGCCCGAAUCAUUGAUACUCUACCCGAAAGCGGAAAAGGAGGCUAGAGCCAGCGAAGCAAGGAAUAGACACUGGAGAAUGAGCUGAUGCUGCGGGAAAGUUACCAACUAUGGAGAUCUACAGCUAAGUGAGAGUUUACGCACUGAUUGGACCGUUCAGAGUCAUUUCUCCACGCUGGAUGCGGUUAAAGACAGAUUUCGGUGCGCUUUUUCCUCUGAUUUUGGUGCCGCGGUGGACACAGCCAGCUCUGUCGGCAUAGAUUUUUUCACGCAGCACAGUCAUUGGGCAGGAUGUCUGCAAUUAUUUCCCUAUACCUCAUCUUUUGCCUUAUGGGGACAGCUCCGGGGAUUUUUGACAGACAAAUAAGAAAAUCCACCACCUCUCAGCCUAAAGCAGCCACCAAGGCAGCCUACUUUUCCCAGCAGCCCCAGGAUCAGGUGGUAGUGCAGAGCCAGUCUGUGACUCUGCCUUGUGUGAUUGUGGGUUACAGAGGAAUGGUCCAGUGGACCAAAGAUGGUCUGGCGUUGGGUGGAGAGAGAGAUCUACCAGGCUGGACGCGCUACUCCUUAAUGGGCGACCCGCUAUCAGGCGAGCACAGCUUGCUGAUCGAUUCAGCGGAGCUGGCGGAUGACGCGGUGUAUGAGUGUCAGGCUACACAGGCGGCGCUCCGCUCCCACCGUGCCAAGCUCACUGUACUAGUUCCCCCUUCUGACCCCGUGGUGGAAGGCAGCCCCGUUGUUCGUCUGAAGGCCCACACACUGCACAACCUUACCUGCAGAGCCUCAGGAGCCAAACCUGCAGCUGAGAUCACCUGGUAUAGAGAUGGAGAGGUCAUGGAGUCAGCGAUUUAUUCCAAGACGCUAAUGGAGGAUGGGAAGAGGGAGGCAGCUGUCAGUAUGCUUCCUAUAAUUCCAGAAGACAGUGACUCUGGACGCACCUACACCUGCAGGGUUCUCAACCCAGCUGCCCCCGCUGGACGACAGACGUCAGUCACUAUUAGUGUCCAGCAUCCUCCUUCAGUGACCCUGUCAGUCCAACCUCAGACUGUAACCGAGGGGGCCAAAGUUCUCUUCAUCUGCUCUGCAUCUGCCAACCCUGAGAUCACUGGUUACAGGUGGUCGAAAGGAGGAGUGCCAAUCUCAGAAGCCAAUGGGGACAGCCUGGAGGUGACAGUGGACUAUUCUUACUUCACUGACCCAGUGUCCUGCGAGGUGUCCAACUCUGUAGGCAGCACCAACGUCAGCACUCUGGUCGAUGUGCAAUUCGGACCCAGACUGCUGUCGGAGCCAAAGCCGAUAACUGUAGACAUAGGGAUGGAUGCAGCCUUUACCUGCGCAUGGACUGGAAACCCUCCGCUGACUCUGGCCUGGACAAAGCAUGGCUCCAGCGUGGUGCUCAGUAAUGGUAACACCUUGCAGCUGAAGGCUGUUACCCAGGAGGAUGCUGGAACAUACACCUGCAAGGCCAUUGUUCCUCGUAUAGGAGUUGCAGAAAGAGAUGUCACUCUAACAGUAAAUGGUCUGCCUAUCAUCACAGCAGAUGCAACGCAGCAUGCUGUUAAGCACUCCAAGGGCAAACUCGAGUGCCGGGUGGGAAGCAGCCCUCCACCUGAUAAGAUUGUGUGGACCUUUGGGGACAUGAGUCUGUCUUCUGGUUCUUCUGGUCGUUACUCAGUGCAGACUGUGACCACUGACCACGGGGUCCUGUCCUCUCUGGUGCUGUCUGAGACUUUGGUGCAGGAUUUUCAGAUGCGGUACAACUGCACCGCUUGGAACCGAUUCGGCACUGGCACUGCCCUAGUCACACUGAAGGAGCAAGAGGCCCUGCCUAUGCUGAUAAUUGUUGGUGGAGCAGUGGGUGGAGGUUGUGUCCUGCUCAUCUGUGUCAUCACACUGGUCUCCCUCUGCUGCCGACACACAGGCAAAGGUGAGCUCAACGGUAAAAGAUGCACUCGACUUUCCAAGAGUGAUAUCAGGGUUCAGAUUGUUCACAGUGAUCACAAUGCUACUCGUGGCAACGAUGAUGAGGAGGAUGUCAAAGAACCAAUGAAAUGCUUGGUCUAUCCUCAGGCUCCCAACAGCAGUGAGUCUCCAGGGACAUCUCGCACAGAACACAGCGACCUCCUGGAGGAGGAGGACGACGAAAGAUCGGACAUCAAGGACCCCACCAACGGAUAUUACAAUGUCCGGGGCCACGACGAUCGUCACAUUCGCAACAGUGGCUUCUCUGAGUAUGUGCCCAACUCCCGGCCAGUCUACACACCAUCACAGCUGCCUUCCCCAAGCCCCAUGUAUGGCCAGCACGGCACCCAGCCUCGCAUCUACGAGUUCUCCCAUCGGUACGCAACCAACACCGUGAGCAGAUCUUCGUACGAACAGCAGCCACCAGCUCAGCAGCAGCAGCCGCAGUCGCCCACCCAACAAGCCAACAUUUAUCCCACAGAUCCCCUGUACAGCGGCUCGGCCUACCUUCCUGCCACCUACGGUCGUGCCUUUACUAGCUACGUCAAGCCAGCUUCUUACGAGAAGGUUGAUGCCUAUGACCAAUCAGAUCAGGCCAGCAAGGUGUCUAGCUCAUCUCGCUUCUCCUACGCCUCCUCUCAAGUGUCCUCCCAGCAAUCCGACUAUGGCCGGCAAACUCAACGCAUGCAGACUCAUGUCUGAUUAGACACAAAGAACAAAGUGAGGGUGAAAAGUGAGUAGAUUCCACAUUUGUGGUUGAACUAACAUUUAAGGAGACUUUAUUUACUCACACAGUCCUGCAAGGAUUUGUUUGGACAGUCAUGAUAAAAGUCAUGGGAUAACCAAACUCCCCUGUGAUGGAUGCCAAGAUGGAAAAUCUAGCACUGCGUGAUACCUCACUGGGUUUUACACAAAUUUUUGAACAUGAAAGGGGCCAUCUGGAACAUGACUACAUCUCAGCUGGGAAAUCGUUUAACCUGCAUUCCAGUCCUUAACUUUGAGUCAACACUAAAUGUCAAAAUGACCUUGUGAAUACUGGGAAAGAAGAUCUCACAUAUCUAAAACCUAUUCAAGAAAAAGAAAACAAAAAACAAUAUGAACAGCAUUUUGUUGUCUGUCAUUUGGUGUCUUGUUGGCAUGCGAAAGCAAUUCUAAGCACAUUUGUGUCUCUAUCAUUAACAAAAGACUGAGCUAUUUACAGAGACAGGCUUAUCCUAUUCCGCACAACAGGCUAGCUGUACUGACCAACAAGUGCUGCAGGCACUGUACUGUAUGAAGAGUAAUCACUAGUGGAAUAUAUCUGAACUUAGCUGUAUUCCUGGAGCGUCCUCUGAUGAUGACAUGUUUUGGACAUAGAAGUGUUUCUUGCCAGCGGAUGACACAGAAAAACAAGGAGAAUGUGUGUACAGUAUAUAUUAACUAUGUUGUACAAGAUGAACAAGGCUAGGCCAUGAAACCCCAAAGAUGGUAAGAACAGAAUGGGGAAAAAUUAGGGCCAACGCUUGAAAAGAAUAAACUUGUGUUUUCUGAUUGUACAACGAAGGGUUAGGAUCCUAAUAGAACAAUCAAAAGCGGUGUUGAGGAAAUUUCUGGAGGCUCAGAGGGAUAAGUAAUGCAUCAGUGGAGGUUCUAAAGUGAACCGUUUAAAAGUUUUACAACUCAAUCGAAAUGUCUAAACAUGUUUACAAGAACCAGUACUACCCUGAAACACUGCGCAUCUGUACAAACGGCUCUUGCUCUCUCUCUCUCUGUUGCAUGCAAACGAUGUGUCUUGUGACAAAUUUUCAGCGUUUAUAUUCAUCUCCAUGUCAUGUUUGAAUGAAACAGAUUCUCCGCACCCGAUCCCGUUGUUUCACUACCUGAUGUUUUCUGUAAAGCCAGUUGUCUAUGAGAGCUAGUGCCAGGGAAGCCUGACGAGAAAACAAAAUGUCGAGAGGAAGUCAACAUUAUCGCUUGUCUUUUAUUUUUAUAUUUUAUAUAAGCCUUAAAGUACAGCUUGUGAGCUGCUCUAUUGUAAAGUAUCUUUAUAUACAUGUGUAAUCUGUCUUGUGUUUUUUUUAGCCGUCACAGAUUUUCAUAUUGAGGUUGUUCAAUCAUCGAAAUGCAGUUAAAAUGCUUGUUUUCUUUCAGUUGAACACAACUAAUUGCCAUUUCUUUGUUCAUUCUUAUAUUAAUGUAUUAAGAAUUUUAUUUGCUAGAAAUGAGCUAUUGUUGCUUGUACCUUUGUACACAUAUUUAUAUUUAAAUAAAACCAUUUCCAGUAAAGAAACAGA